AUGGAGAUCGACAUAAGUGAUGUUUUUCUCGAUGAACAGGUAUUCACGAUAACUCUCAAAUGGCCUCAUUGGUACGCUGAUUUUACCAAUUGCGUAGUGUGUAGAUUAAUGCCAGACGAACUGAACUUCUACCAACAAAAAAGGUUCUUGUUUGAUGUUAAGAAGUACUUUUGGGAUGAACCAUAUUUAUUCAGGGAGUGUGCAGACCAUAUCAUUAGGAGAUGUGUUCCGGAUGAAGAAGCCAUGAAAAUUCUCCAUUCUUGUCAUGCUUCACCAGUUGGAGGUCAUCAUGGUGGUGUACAUUAUCUUUCUAAAUGGGUGGAGGCUGUUGCACUUCCAAACAAUGAAGGGAAAAAUGUUGUUCAAUUCCUGAAACGUGACAUCUUUGCGAGAUUUGGUACUCCUUGGGCUAUUAUUAGUGAUGGGGGAUCCCACUUUUGCAACAAGUGGUUCUCAGCCGCAUUGACUAAGUAUGGAGUGAAACACAAAGUAGUAACUCUGUAUCAUCCACAAAUGAGAGGCCAAGUUGAAGUGUCAAACUGGGAGAUCAAAAUCAUCUUGGCCAAGACAGUGAAUGCUAAUAUGACUGAUUGGUCUCGAAAGCCUGAUGACGCACUAUGGGCAUAUUGUACUGCAUACAAAACACAAAUCAGUAUGUUUCCGUAUCAGCUAGUUUUUGGAAAAUCUUGCCAUUUACCAGUUGAAUUGGAACACAAAGCAUUGUUGGCAUUGAAAGCUCUAAAUCUGGACUGGUCAAAGACUUCAAAAGAGAGAGUAGAGAAGUUAAAUGAGUUGGACGAAUUCAGACUCUUUCCAGGAAAGCUCAAGUCAAUAUGGUCAGGAACGUUUAGAGUGACUCGAGUGUUCACAAAAGGUGCAAUCAAAGUUGAAGGUCAAAAAGGAUCUGCGCUUAAGGUUAAUGGGCAACAAUUGAUGUUCUACUUUGGCGAAUGCCAAGAUAUUUCUCUGAUUGAGGUGCAGGAUAAUGUGCGAGGAGAAAAUGCUAUUGGCGAAUCGCCGAACCCGUUAGGCGAGCACGACAUAGUCUACCCUAUGGACUUCAAAAAUGGGGCUGAGAUUCUAGAACAUUCGGCGGGAGACCUUCAUGACUAG